UCCACGUCCCCGCGGUGUCCGAGUCCUACCGGCUGCGAUGUGUUACGCGCCCCUGCUUUAGAAAAAAAAAAAAAAAAAAACAGAGAAGGAAAACUUCAGAGAAAUGGCGGAGGGUACUACGACUCUCAAAGGCUUGCGAGCCCAAAUAGCUGCAGCUGCACAGGCACAAGCCGAGGAGCGGCGCAGCCUGGCAGGGAACAGUCCAGGACCUACCACCAACGUACCAGCUAAACCUCAGGGGUGUAGGCCAGUCAUUGACGGUGCUGCACUGAGAAUAGACGACCGACUGCGAGUGGCGAAAGAGAGACGAGAGGAAGCAGACAGACAACACGCUUUGCGAGAGUCUCAGAUCAUGGAAAGGGAGCGUAAGGCCAAGCUACAAGUAGAGCGUCAGAUGGAGGAGCGUCAGAAAAAAGUUGACGAACAGCGAAAAAAGGAGGAGCAGAAACGACUGGCUGUGGAGGAGAAGAGGAAGCAGAAACAGGAAGAGGAAAAGGAGCACUAUGAGGCGGUGAUGCGGCGGACAUUGGAGCGUAGUCAACGGGUGGAGCAGAGGCAGAAAAGAUGGUCCUGGGGAGGACUUUCCACAGACUCAGAUGGACGAACAGGAGACUCUGAUGCCAGCGCCUCAUCUCCCGUAACAGUAGUUAUUUCCCCUGCCUCACCAGAAAAGCCGCCAAGGAGUCGACAAGUGGACAAACGCUCCACAUCCACCAUGAACCUGAAACAGCCGUCUGAGGCUGCAAUCAGCAGACGCCUAUCCUCCUCCUCUGCUACCCUCAUCAAAUCUCCCGACAAAAGUGUUAAGCAGAGGAGUUCGUCAUGUAACCGGUUGUCUAGCAAUGGCAAUGCUGCUCAGGCCAGUAAGGAAGACGGCAAAAAGCUUCAGGUGGAACAGACAGGCCAUUCCUUGAAGAAGAGAAGUUCCUCCCUUACACGAGUAAGUGUGGGCAGAGCACAAACCCCUGCCAGGCCUGAUAAAGGGACAUCGGAUGAUCAAGCUCACAGGCCAACGGCCAGCACUGUGGACGGAGGGGUCCUUAGUCGCCUGCUCACCCCCACCCAGGCCUCACUAGCUAGGAGCAAGAGCGCCGCCGCCCUGUCAGCUGAAGGAAAAGAAACUCCAGAGUGUCACCUGUGUCCUCGCUCAGCCUCUGCCAGUUCCCUGAACCCAUCUCGUGGACCCGUUCGAAGCCGCAGCAUUGACCGGCAGAAGAGCGGCAUGACCACCUCUGUUUCUGCAGAUGGAGCCCUAGACCCCUCACUGAAGGACAAGCAGUUACCAUCGCCUGGCAGGCAACGCCCCCCCUCCCCAUCUUCUACUCUGGUACGCAACCGUUCACCAUCUCCAGCUCCCAUUCCAGCCCCAAAGAGGACACCUUCUCCAUCAGCUGCCAAGCAAAAUUCCAAAACACGUCCACCCUCACCAGGUGCAAUGAAACAACGCCCGCCAUCCCCCCAGCCUACAUCUAAACCACCACCUAUACAGAAACCAGCUCUCACUCCAACAGGACCCCCAACCCUGCGAAAGAGGGACUCUAAGUCCAAGGAUCUGUGUCCUGUCCCCGGUGUAGCUCUGCAGUCCCCUGACUCUAGCAAAACCAAAGAGAAAGAUGCCUCUACAGGCACCAACUCAGCUGCUGAGGCGGCCAAGAUUCUGGCUGAGAACCGCAGACUGAUGAGAGAGCAGAAGGAGAAAGAGGAGCAGCUCAGGCUACAGAGGGAAGAAGAGGAAAAGUUAAGAAAGGAAGAGGAGGCACGUUUGGCGGAGGAGGCUCGACUGAAACGCCUGGAGGAGGAGGAGAAGCUCGCAGAGGAGAGAAAAAUUCAAGAAGAGGAAGACGCUCGCCUGGCAGAGGAGGACCGGUUGAGACUGGCAGAGGAGGAGGCCGUGAAACAGGCUGAGCUCCAGAAGGAACGUGAGGAGGCCGAGGCCAAAGCCCUGGAGGAGGCCGAGAGAGUCCGUCAGGAGAGAGACCGCAUCAUGCAGCAGAACCAGCAAGAACGAAUGGAGAGGAAGAAGAGAAUUGAAGAGAUAAUGAAGAGAACAAGAAAGGGGGAACAAAAUGACUUGAGGAGAGAAGAUGAUGAUGACGAUAAAUGUUCACAGGAGGAUGGAGAUGAGGGAAUGGACCAGAUCAACUCUGACACCAUGAGCCAGUCAGAUGACAUCCCACUGGAGGAAGAUACAGAAGAGUGUGGUCUGUCCUGUGGAGACCUGGGGAAUCAACGAGAGGAGCCCCUGGGCAGUGUGAAUGGAAAACCAGAGACAGACGACAAGGAGAAUAACAACGGCAUGAGCACAGAUGAGACUCAGGCUGUAAGUCCGAUGCCUAAGGGUCGCCUCGUUGAAGGCUCGGAGUUCUUGAAUGAGCAGGACUCUGCCAAGGUGGUAUCAGGUGUUAAUGGUAAAUCUACCCAGUGGAGCUUUGAGGAGCUCAAUGAUCUGAACGUCCACUCCAAGACCCGGCCCAUAAUGGAGGCUGAGGACAGUAACCAGGUCUUGAUCAACUGUGAUGGGAGCUCAGAAGGGCCAAGGGUAGCCUUAGAGGACAAGGGAACCCCGGUCAACAACCUGCAUUCCUCUAGUCAACCCUUAGAAACCAUGUCAGAGAUUUGAUGCUACAGACGUCUCUGAGAAGCCUCUUUCUGUUGCACUCGUGAAGUUCCUGUCCAGCUGAGCUCCUUUACAAAAAAAUCCUCCACAAGUUCCAGACAGCUUCUUCCUCUCUCUUCUCUUCUGCCAGAGGGAGGAGUACAAGGUGAAGCAGAACUACCACCCCAAGUGCUACAUUUGCACCCUGAAUGAUGAGCAAACAGAUAUAUAAAUAUUAUACGUACCGGUAUAUAAAGGUUAUGCUUCAGGGAAAUUCCAUAUAUUCCUUCAGUGUUCUUGCUUAAAGUUUCCUUCCCCUCCAUGUUGUUUGUUCUUUCCAGAUGUUUUUUUUUUUUCUUCUAUGUUGUGUCCAAUUUUGACAAUGUUUUAUAAGAGUUUUGUCUCGUGAGGGGUGCAUUGUUGUAAUUUAUUAAUUUUUGGCUUCUUUACCGUAAUUAUUGUUCUAUGUUUAGUCUUUUUUUUUUUCCCUUGUAUGAAAAUAUUCUAUGACUCUUGUACAUUAGGCUGUGUGAAUUGAAUAUAUGUUAAUAUUGUGAGUUGAAGGAAGGAGAGUUAAUGCAUUCUGUUUGAUAUCUAAAUUUACUUGACUGGCUGCUUUUUGCAGCAUCCAGCAAUAUGGCCUUACUACUAUUUCCCAACUUCUAAUUUCUAAUGUGAAUUUGCUUGUGCUGAGGUCGACACAUUGACAGUUAAUCAAUGAUAUGUCAUGCACAUGCACUUGGGGGUGAAUUCUGUAUUUAUUCACUUCAAUUCCCAGGGUUGUGUCCUUCAUCCGGAUAUUUUGAUGAAAGCACACGUCUUGUCUCCCAGCUUUCCUCACCAUGUGUUCCCUUUUUGGCUAAUAGAGGGCUCCGGAAGCACAGCUCCAGCUGUUACAUUUAGAGUUGACAAAUGUUGAGAUUCAUGAAUACACAGUAGUUUAAUUUACAUGUUCCAAUAGAGUUAAAAAGUUUGAUAUUUGCUCAUGGUCCAUUUAGUUUACUUUUCUUUUUUAUAUAUGUACAUAGAAUUCAUGUUUACUAACAUUUUUGCAAUUUAAAUCAGAUUCAGAGUUUCAUUAGUUUAAGUCUCAACCCAAGUGACGACAGUUGGACCGAACAGCUGUUUGAACAUCUGUAACUGUAACAAACUCACUUAAUAUACAGAUGAAGCCCAAUAGUUUCCUGUAUGCAUUUAUAACCAAACUUAACUUGAAUGUUCGGCUGUUCUGUCUCAAGUUCACCUUUCCUGAACUGAAAGUAAGGUUUACAUUUAUCUGGUCUUAAUUGAGCUUCAUCAACACAUCCACACACACACACACACACACACACACACACACACACACACACACACACACACACACACACACACACACACACACACACACACACACACACACACACACACACACACACACACACACACACACACACACCUUUCCUUUCACAGUUUGGUCUGCAAGACUACUUCAGUAAUUCAAAUGAUUUCCCUCUCAUCUUUCCAACAGAAUAGCUGCUACAUCUGACAAAUUGCAUUUCAAAUAUUUUUAUAAGAUAAAAUUUGGCUGUUUGUUUAUAUAAGGAAAUACAUGUCUACAUAUAUUUAAGUGUUAUUGUGUAUAGAAUCAGUAUUAGGCAAACAAAGCCAUGUUUAGGAGGGAGUGGCUUCAGGAUGUGGAUUAUUGAAGUCUCUAUGUGUGUGUGACUAUGCUAUAAGUCAGGUUUCUGUUUGACUCAAACCCUGUGGCAGCCUGGAAACCCAGAGUUCACAUCCUCCCCCCCCCCUCCCUUUUGUGUUUCUUUGUUUUCAAGUUUAAGGUCUUUUAGCUUCACAUGUACAAACCGUAGUUCUGAUCAUCGCCUCACAGGGACUUCACAGGUUUUGGUAGAGUUGUUGCAGCCCUUAGCAACACAUCUGACAGGAUACACUGUAAGUCAUGGCUGUGCCUCUUCAUGAUGCUUUUAAUGUCAUCAACAAAUGUUUUACAUUAUGUCUGAGGAUAUCUAGAUGUUGGAUAGUAAUGGUAGGCAAAUCAGCUCAGGUCGCAACUUUUAUACUUUGAAAGAUGAGCCAGGGCCCAUUGUAUACAAAAAAGACAUGGGUCAGACUUGUUUUCCAUUUCAGUUCAGGGUAUGUCGUGGAUUUUGUUAGUUUGUCUAAUUUUGCUUUUGCUCUAACAGUAAAAGCAUGAGGUUUGGGGACCUUGAAUUUUGCCUUGUUCUCCGCUGGCUUUCAGACCCUCAUUCUAACAAAAAUCCUCUUGUAAAUAAAAACUAGGGGCUUUAGGUGUUAGCUGUGAUUAAUAAGCUCAAUGAAUGUAACGCCAGACUACAGAGUCCGUCCCUUAUCACUUACCCUGUGUCUAGAAGCUCCCCCCCCCCCCCCCCCCCACCCCCGCUUUAAGCUUUCUCACAUUAUUCAUCUAGAAUCGAGGAGACUCAUUGCACUGUCCCAUAUUACUCACUAUAUUUAAAGACUGGUUACCAAGUGUAGCUUUACUGUACAGACUCAAAGAAGAGUGGUGUGAUGUUCUCAAUGGAAAAAAGAAAGUUGCAAUUAUACGCAGAAACCCCCCCCCCCCAACCUUCCCUCCUCUCCUCCACCUGUUGAAGGGGACUGUUGUAGCUGCUGCUUAAACCGAUACUGUAUCUAUUCCAGGUCCUGCUGCAUCUUAGAGGGCUACAAGACAGAGCUCACUGUCCUCAAUGUUGUCUUUAACAAUAGGAUAGACCGGUGCCUUAGAUUGAGAUUUAGUAUUUUUAAUGUAUCACAGUUAACUGAGAAAGCUUGUCCUUACCUCAGCCUCGACAAUCAGCCCACCCGACCUGGGGGGCUUUGUGAAUACAAAUAUUUUCUCUGGAAGAUUUACUAAACCUUAUAACCCCCUGUCUGCUAAUUCGAUGUGUACUGUACAUAUAUCUAAAGUGUACUGAGAUGAGACAACCCGUCAAAAAAAAUAAAGUCUUGCUAAAAUA